AGAAAGACUUUUAAUGAAAUUAGUCCGCGCGCGAUUGUAGUUUAUUAUCCGCGAGUGUUUCUCGCGAGUGUCCUGUGCGGUGAGACGAGGAAGCCUAAGUAUCCCCUGAGAGGAGGAGGAGGCCUGGGAGAGGCAUCGGGCACCGGCGGAGCAACCUUGGGAAUCAUCGUAGCGACGUUGCAGAAUAACUCCGCUGUUGUGCUGAAUGCAACACAGCAACACACGAAAAAGGCCGGGAUGGCCUCUCUCAGACUAGCGACGGAAUUAAAAUUCGUCAACAAGUUGAAGCGCAACGUUAAACACGAAUAUGGAACGUCAUCCAGUUUACGUGCCGAAGUGAACGUGGACGAGGAACUGCGGGAAAUUUUUAGAUUCAAGGACACCAAGAUCAGCAACUGGAUCAUAGAGAACAAAGCACGUGCGCUGUGCGUCAGAUAUACCGAGAGCAACAAGGAUAAUCGCCAACAGAUUUUACGCACGUUAGCUUCGCGGUAUGCCGUACAACACGACGAUAUAUGCCAAGUGGCCAAGAGAUUGGUCUGCACCGAGCCUGAAAAUGAACGACAAAUGAUUGUCCAUGAGAAAACUUUGAAGAAUGUUCUUACACCUGCUUAUCAUUGGUUAUUCGUUAUUAUAGGAAGAUUGCAGCAUGGCGUCAAGUUCUUGGUUGACCUAAGAACCGAUGUUCUGGAACUAAUAUCAGAUGUGAAAGAUGCCGAUGAAAGUAUAAUAAUACAACAACUAAAUCAUUAUUUGCGAGAUCUGCUUUUGCUUUGGUUUUCCGUGGGUUUCUUACACAUGGAACGAGUAACUUGGGAAAGCGCAUGUGACAUAUUGCAAAAAGUCUCCGAUUACGAAGCUAUACAUCCCAUGAGAAAUUGGUUGGACUUGAAACGCAGAGUUGGGCCAUAUAGAAGAUGUUACAUAUUUAUGCACCCAUCCAUGCCAAGAGAACCUAUUGUCGUGUUGCAUACAGCAUUAUGUGAUGUUAUACCAGAUAGUGUAAAGGGUAUUGAAGAAGCUGAAACUAGAAUUCUGGGGAGCGCAAAAAAAUAUAUAACAUUUCUAGAGGAAGAUAAAUCGAAGAUAAAAGCAGCAAUAUUUUAUUCUAUAGUAUCCACUCAGAAAGGUUUGCAGGGAAUUGAGCUCGGUAAUUAUUUGAUUAAAAAAGUGGCCAGCGAGAUCAUGACUGAAUUUCCAGCUAUACAACAAUUGUCCAGCUUAUCACCGAUACCAAAUUUUAAGACUUGGCUAUUCGAUAAAUUAAAGCAAGACAUGGCGUUUAUAUUUACCACGCAUGAAUGUAGAAUUGCAAAAGAUAUUUUGCAAACGGAAAACGUGAUAGUAGCCUUAAAAAAGAUUCUGGGUACUUCGUUAUGGACAGGGGAUAAGCAACUGUCAGAAUUUUUAAAACAACCACUACUUCGAGCUUGCGCAUGGUACUUGUAUAAAGAAAAACGACGUGGCUAUGCUUUAAAUAUGGUCGCCAAUUUCCAUUUACGUAACGGAGCUGUGAUGUGGCGAAUAAACUGGAUGGCUGAUCCUUCGCCACGUGGAGUGGCAAAUAGUUGCGGCAUAAUGGUCAACUAUAGAUAUUUCUUAGAAGAUUCUGAGAAAAACAGUCGGAAUUACAUUGAACAUUUUGUCAUAAAUGCUACAGAAGGUGUAACUAAUCUCGCGAUGCAAGCGGAAAAAUUAAUUGUAUUGUAAUAUAAAUUAUAAUUGUGAAAGAAUCAUGAAAAUGUGAUAAAUAUCGCAACUGCGAGCAGAAAGAUGUUAUUAUGAUAAGGUAGUAAUGAUGAUGAUGGAUGAUGAUGAACGAUAGAUAAUGAAUUAUGACGGUGAAGGUGAAGGUAUCUAAUUAAUCGAUUAAAAAAUUUCCUAUUACUCUUCAAA